AUGAUUUUUUCUGUACCCCUUUGUAUAUCUUUCUGCAUUUAUUUUAUUUUAUAUUUCUUCUUCUUCUUCUUCUUCUUCUUCUUCUUCUUCUUCUUCUUCUUGUCCUCCUCUUCUUUCUUCUUCUUCUUCUUCUUCUUCUUCUUCUUCUUGUCCUCCUCCUCUUUCUUCUUCUUCUUCUUCUGGCCCUUCUUUUUCUUCUCCUCCUCCUCCUCUUUCUUCUUCUUCUUUUUCAUCUUCUUCUUCUCGUCCUCCUCCUUCUUCUUCUGGCCCUUCUUUUUCUUCUCCUCCUCCUCUUUCUUCUUCUUCUUCUCGUCCUCCUCCUUUCUUCUUCUUCUUCUUCUUCUUCUUCUUCUUCUUCUUCUUCUCGUCCUCCUCCUCUUUCUUCUUCUUCUUCUUCUCGUCCUCCUCUUCUUCUUCUUCUUCUUCUUCUUCUUCUUCUUCUUCUUCUUGUCGCCUUUUCUAUUUUGCCUUUCGACUUUUUUCUUUCUUAUUUCUCAUUUAUUUCUUUUUGGUAUAUAUCUUUCGUUCUUUCUUUCUUUUUUUCUUUUUUUCCACUGUUUCUUCCUUUUUUUAUUCAUUUCUUUUUCCAUUUUUUUUCCUUCAUUAUUUCUUAUUUUCAUCUUUAGUUUUUUGUUUUUUUGGCUCUUUUCUUUUUCCUUUCUUUUUGUGUUUAAUGAUUUUCGUUAUUUUACUUAUUUUUCCGUUUCUUUUUUGCUAUUCUUUUCUUUCGUUUUCUUUUCUAUAUUUUUCUUUAUUUCUUUUUUUUAUUUUUAUUUUCUCUUUGGACACAUUUCUUUCUUUUCCUUCUUUUCUUUCUUAUUUAUGCCCUUUUUCAUUUAUAAUUUUUCUUAUUUAUUUUCUAUUGUUUUCUUUUUCAAUUUUUCUUCUCUUCUUUCUUUUUCCACAUUUCAGAUAAUCUGUCCUCCAUCUUUGUUCUUUUCUUCAGAUUGCAAAUUUCUUUCACUUAAUCAUCCAAACAUUUAUUGUCUUCUAAUUUCUUUGUUUCCUUCUUUAUUUAUUCAUUUUUUUCUAUUCUAUUAUUACUUUUUCUUUCAUUUUAUCUUUUCUUUUUUUUUCUUUCUUUUUUCUUUUUCUUUUAUAUUUUUUUUCUUUAAUUCUAUUUUUUAUCUUUUUUCUUCCUUUUGUUAUUUAUUCCUAUUCUUUUUCUUUUCUCUUCUUUCUUUUCCUUUUAGUCUGUUUUUUCUUUUUCUUUCCUUCUUUUCGUCGUUCUUUCUUUUUUUCUUUUCUAUUCUUUUUUAUUCUUUUCUAUUCUAUUCUUUCUUUCAUUCAUUCACUCUUUCUUUUCUUUCUUUUAUAUAUAUUUUUUUCAUUUCCUUCCAUUUUUCUUUCUUUCUUUUCCUUCCUUUCUUGGUUUAUGUCUUUUGUCAUUGUUUUUCUUUCUUCUUCAUUAUUUUCGUUCUUUCUUUUCUAUUAUCACUCUCUCUCUCUCUCUCUCUCUCUCUCUCUCUCUCUCUUUGUUGCCCCUUUUCAUUUGAUUUUUAUCAUCCUUCUUUUUACUUCCUUUCCUUUUUAACGUCAAUAACGAAAGCCUUUCUCCUUUCACCUUAUUUGAAGGCUUUCCUGUACCUCCCACUUCUCCUCUUCUUUUCCUUUGAAGUUUACCUUAUUCCGUGUUAUUACUACCUUAAACAACACCAACCGUAUUUAUCUUCUUUCACCAUGAAGGCGUUGUCUGGAGGCCGGGAGUAA